UGUGACUGCGCUUUGACACUAUAUAUACUAGAAAGGAUCCUUCAACGUUCUUUGUCUGCAACACCGUAAGCCAAGCGCUACAUCUUGCGAUUUUUAUUUGAUUUAUUACAACAUGGGUAAAGAAAAGGGACACAUUAACAUUGUCGUUAUCGGUCACGUCGAUUCUGGUAAGUCUACCACUACCGGUCACUUGAUUUACAAGUGCGGUGGUAUCGACAAGCGUACCAUCGAAAAGUUCGAGAAGGAAGCCACCGAAUUGGGUAAGGGUUCCUUCAAGUACGCCUGGGUUUUGGACAAGCUCAAGGCCGAACGUGAGCGUGGUAUCACCAUCGACAUUGCCCUCUGGAAGUUCGAGACUCCCAAGUACUAUGUUACUGUUAUUGAUGCCCCUGGUCACCGUGACUUCAUCAAGAACAUGAUUACUGGUACUUCUCAAGCUGACUGUGCCAUUCUUAUCAUUGGUGGUGGUACUGGUGAAUUCGAAGCUGGUAUCUCCAAGGACGGUCAAACUCGUGAGCACGCUUUGCUUGCCUACACCUUGGGUGUCAAGCAACUCAUUGUUGCCGUCAACAAGAUGGACUCUGUCCAAUACUCUCAAGCUCGUUUUGAGGAAAUUAUCAAGGAGACCUCCAACUUCGUCAAGAAGGUCGGUUUCAACCCCAAGACCGUUCCUUUCGUCCCCGUCUCUGGUUUCCAAGGUGACAACAUGAUUGAGCCCACCACCAACAUGACCUGGUACCAAGGCUGGCAAAAGGAGAGCAAGGCCGGUGUCGUCAAGGGUAAGACUCUUUUGGAAGCCAUUGACGCCAUUGAGCCCCCUGUUCGUCCCGUUGAGAAGCCUCUCCGUCUUCCUCUUCAAGAUGUUUACAAGAUCGGUGGUAUUGGUACAGUCCCCGUCGGUCGUGUUGAGACUGGUGCUAUCAAGCCCGGUAUGGUUGUCACCUUCGCUCCCUCUGGUGUCACCACUGAAGUUAAGUCUGUCGAAAUGCACCACGAGUCUCUCGACGCUGGUCUUCCCGGUGACAACGUUGGUUUCAACGUUAAGAACGUUUCCGUUAAGGACAUCCGUCGUGGUAACGUUGCUGGUGACUCCAAGAACGACCCUCCCAUGGGCUGUGCUAACUUCACCGCUCAAGUCAUCAUUCUUAACCACCCCGGUCAAAUUUCUGCUGGUUACUCUCCUGUCUUGGAUUGCCACACUUCUCACAUUGCUUGCCGUUUCAACGAGCUCAUUGAGAAGAUUGACCGUCGUACCGGUAAGAAGAUCGAAGAAGCUCCCAAGUUCGUCAAGUCCGGUGAUGCUUGUAUCGCUCAAAUGAUCCCUACUAAGCCUAUGUGCGUUGAAGCUUUCACUGACUAUGCUCCUCUUGGCCGUUUCGCCGUUCGUGACAUGCGUCAAACCGUCGCUGUCGGUGUCAUCAAGGCCGUUGAAAAGACUGCACCUGGUCAAGCUAAGGUUACCAAGGCUGCUCAAAAGGCCGGUGGUAAGAAGUAAGUUCUUACUAUGUAGUUUUUGAAAUAAAAGUGAUUUGAUGACAUAAAUUUAUUAGCAGUAGUAGUAUAUUGAACAGUAUUUCAUUGAGAAUACAGUAAGUAUAAUUACACCGCUCAGUUAGCUGAGUUAGCUGGGAAUGUGAGCGUUUUCUGCAGUCAUUAGUUUCAAGAAUUAAUGUAGAAUAAUCGAAUCGAAUUUUAUUCGACUAGGCAAUAUUCAUUUCAUUGCGGUGAGGAUUUUAUUUGCGAACAAUAAACUUCUUCAAAAAUUUAACAAACUGAAUAACAUCAUUACGGUGGAAUACGUAAUAAACUUGGAACACGCUUCGUUAUGAGACGCUACACCAAAAAGUUCGUCUAAAAAGCAGUCACAAAAAGUACUGUGCACAAUUCUGCAAAGUUCAGCAAUUCAUCCAGCAC